UGUAGUGUGUGCAAAAUGGCUACCAGUGACGAUGAACCUAUGCAUCAUUUAUAUGAAGUUUUUACAAAUUGUUUUAAUAAAGUAGCUAACAAAGCACCCGAAAAGGCUGGUUUUCAACCUCCAUACGGGUUAGAUAACGGAAUGGCGUACGCGUUAAAUCCCGCAGGACCGGUUUACGCGGGGCCGGGCGCCAGUCCUACGCAGGCACCGGCCGAGCCCUUCACCGCCGAUAGUCCCUAUUUUCCGUUUAACGCGCGGCCGAACAGCCGAUUGUCGCCGGCGAAAGCGAAAGUCAUCACAACACCGGGAGGCGGCGGCCUCCGGCCCACCAAAGAGGAACCCGCCACCGGCGCGGCCACCACUUUGGACAGCCAAUGGGGGGUGUACGGUUCCGACGAAUUCGCCCACGAAUCUCCGCGAUACACGUCGCCCGGCGCCAACUCCUACUACCUGUCGGCGGACGGGACGCCGACGACGGCGGUGGGCGGCACCGGAGCGGCGGCGGGUCCCGUCGGUCCGGCGGCGGCGGAAUGGCCGCCGGCCGCGUUCACCUACCAAACGUACGAGGCGUACGGUCUCAUUCCCGAAACGGAGCAGCCGGGCCAGGGGCUGCCCCCGAUGUCCUCGUUGAGGCCGAACGGCGCGGCGGCCGUCACCACGUUGGCGGGGCCCAACAGCGCCGCCUUCGGACCGUCCAGCACGGACGCGGUGGUCAACAAAGGAAUGGGAGGCAUAUAUCCUACACCGGAACAGGCCAGCGCUAGCAGUUACAGCUCGGCGCCGUCGACGCCGGUGAGUUCGCCGCCUCCGUUAAAUCCUUCCGGUUGGUUGACGAAUCACAGCACCCCUCACUCGCCGCACUACACACAAGCCGUCAGUGUAAAUAAUACUGUUGCCCCUCAGGGAAUUCACAUGACCGCUGGACCGACUGGAACGACCUGUAGCUAUCCUAUAAAUCCUCCCGCACCCGAAGCACAACGUUUAGACGAUGCUAUAGGGUUCCUUAGAGAUCAUUCCGAAGCGACGGGUACUCGUAUGGAAGAGAGGCUAGACGAUGCGAUAAACGUGCUAAGAAACCACGCGGAACCCCUAGGUCUUGUGGGACAACUGCCUACGGCACAUCAAAUGACCCAAUUAGGAUACGGAGCGGCGCCACCGACUGAACCUCACCUAGCCGAUACUAUUAAGGUCGAACGGCCUACAUAUAAUACCAAAAAACGCAAAGAGCCUCCAGAUGCGGAUAGCAAGCCAUCGAGUUCGGUAGAAAGUUUAGUACAACCAAAUUCAACCAGUGCUCCAUCGACGAAAUCGACGAAACGGUCGAGAAGAUAUCUUGAUAAUUCAUGUUUAAGUAAUGCCGAUGAAGAUGAAAUUGACGACCCCAACGGCAAGGCCGUACGCGAGAAAGAGCGUAGACAGGCCAAUAACGUUCGUGAACGAAUUAGGAUUCGGGAUAUCAACGAAGCUCUGAAAGAGUUAGGCAGGAUGUGCAUGGCGCAUUUAAAAACCGACAAACCACAGACCAAACUCGGUAUUCUAAAUAUGGCCGUCGAGGUUAUCAUGACCCUCGAACAGCAGGUUAGGGAGAGGAAUUUGAAUCCCAAGGCGGCCUGCUUGAAGAGGAGGGAGGAAGAAAAAGCCGAAGACGGACCUAAAUUAGGUCCUGGACCUCACCAUAUGCUCUCUGGACCCCACUAUCCCACAUUACCAGGAGCACCGACGAAUUUGCCUCACAAUCCAGGUCAGCCGCAAUAGCAUUGAUAGUAUUUUCCGCUACCUGUACAUACACACUCGUACAAAACGACAUCAUCAUAUUCAUCUUCAUAUUAUAAACAAUUAUCUAUUUUUUUAAGAAUAUUCAGUAGUGAUACAAUUUGUAAUCUUUUUUUUUAAUUAUUUUUUACAUUUUUUUUUCACUUAAUUUUAUUCGCGGAAACUAAGUUGAGACAGCUUUAUUUAUUUUUUAAGUGUCGAGGGUAGCUGGCGAUGGGGAAAUUAGUGAAAAAUGACUCGAACUAAAGGCUAUUUCUGUUAAAAAAAAAACAUUGUUCUGCCAUUAAUGUAAACUUGUCCGUUUCUAAUUGUGUCAUGUAAUUUACUAAUUUUUUAUUCGAUAACAAUAAACAAGGAAUAGUAACUGUGCUACUUUUUCAGAAAUUAUAUUUUUGAUAUGAGUGAUAAAAAAUUCUCUACAAUUACUUGACACAAAUCGAAUUUGAAUAGAAACGGUAUUUAGCAUAAAAAUUGUUAUUGUGCAAUGGAAGAACUGUCCAUUAUUUUCUACAUUAGAAAGUAUCUUCAAAAUCAUUAAAUUGUGAUACACAUUUUAGUGGUAACGAUUGUUUAUGUUAAAAGAAGAAGCGGCCUUUAGUAACGAUUCAUUUGACACACUUCAGCUGCCUUUACUUAAUUUUAUUAUAUGUGGUUUGAGAUAGUUGUGCCAAUAUAUAAUACUCCUUAAUCUUAAAACUAUCACGUAGUUUUUAUUGUUUGUUUUUUGUCGUAUUAAAAGAUUGAUCUCUGAUUGCCAUCUCCAUUGAAUAUGCAGGAAAUUCACCCGAACGUUUUCCUUCGUAUUCGAUUUAAUUAAAUUCCAAUAAGAAAACAGCUUUUGGCGACUUUGGUACUUAAUUGAGAAUAAUGUUAGUUUUAUAUUUGCUUGCUCAAGGUUAAUUGAAGUCGAUUUAUCAUUAUGUAAGUUGGGAAUGUUGCUAAUGAGACGAGGAGUAAUCGAUAUAUGAAUAAUUGAGUUUACUUGUCGUGUAAAUUAGGAGUAAACUGCUACACGAAAUGAAUUGGUGCUUAAUAGCCCUGGAUUGUCCGUGUCUCAAUUCCCCCCAUGUAUUAUCUCUAUCUACUUAAUGAACAAAGUGUGUGCCAUUUUUUUAAGUGAGAAAUGAAAUUCCGAAGAUUCUUUCGUUUUUUCGAACGCAAAUUGUACUUAAAAAAAUAUAUGUAUUAGAAACGAGUCUAUGCGUACAUUGUUAUUCAAAUGUAGUUGUGUUGUUUAAAAAUUUAUUGGCCGGAAAAUGAAGAGAAUUUUGGGAAUUUCGGUUAAUUUGUGGACUUUUUUUUGAGUUAUUUUUUUAAGAAUUCUCAAACCACAUGUAGUGCCCCUGAGUUUUGCGCCAGUAUUCUACUUAUGUUUAACGAAAAGAUACUUAUUACAUGUAUUAUUGUCGAUGUACGAGUAUUUUAACAGAAUUAUUUCAUAAAUGCUGCCAGCAGGAAGUUGAAAAAUAAUUUUGCAGUAAUUCGCAGCGUUUAUAAAACGAGUUCUUUUGAAACCUCGGUGCAUUAUAUUUUUAAAAUUUCAUUACUUUUAAUGCAAUAUAUGUAUACUGAUUUUUUUAGAGUCCUUCCUAAAUAAUUGCCAAGGAACGCUAAAUUUCCUUUUUUUUUGGUUAUUACUUGUAACUUAUUUAUAUGAUUUUUUUUUUGAAAAUAUUUAAAUUAUUUACUUAUGAUACGUUUUGUGUUGUGCUCGAAAAAAUUAUUCUGUGUGUCCGUAACUGUGAUUUUUAUUUCUUCUUAAUGUAACGAAACGAGUUUUAAUUUGAGCUACCGAUGAAGCAAAAUCUGUCAAAUACGUACUGACUUGAUCAAACAUUUUUCUAAGUUAAUCUUUUUUUAUUUAAGGAACUAUUACUUGUUAAGAUGGGUGUUUUUUUUGUACAAUUUUUUUCGAGCACAAAUUUUCCUAUUUAUAAACGCGAGGCGGUCGCGCAUUGGAAAAUAUUUGUUUAAUUUUUUUUAAUAAUUUUAAGUUUACAUAUUUUACUUAAGCGUAAUUUCUAGAUAGAUUUUUUUUUAAAUAAACAUGUAAUAUUUUCAGCUGUUUAUUUUAGUGCGGUAGGUAAUUAUAUUUAUAUUAUUUGUUUUGAUUGUUAAGAUUUUUUUUAAUUACUUUAACUGAUAUAAUUUUUGUACAAUUCUCCGGUAUUGCCUUCUAAUUUGACGACAACAAAUCCUCUCUUGUAAUCGAACCUGCAUCGCAUGACAAAGUACAUUAGAAAAAAAAAACGAUUUGCUCUCUAAUGUUUGCUUUCGUUUUAUAAGGGCAAAAACGUGUAUUUAAUAGGUUGAAUUAUUCUAGAAAUAUAUAUGUAUAAAUAGAUGAAAUUCUAAUGUAUUUUGGUAAAAAGACAAUAACGACCUAUAUAUAUUUUUUCCAGAAUUAUUAACGAAACUGCCGAGAUCUAUUAUAAUGUGUACCGAUUUAGUUAUGAUACAAAUUUUAAUUCUAGAAUUCUAAAACGAACUUUAUUCGAUAACAAGUUACCAAUGUUUCACUAAUACGAAUCUCGUCUAAAGUAAAAUAUAAAUAAAAGAUUCCGGGUAUCUUUGAGCAAGUGGAAUUUAAAAAAAAAAUUGUAUUAUAAUUAAAAACGAAUAAAUAAGAAUCUUGGUGAAUGUUGUUGAAUUGAAACGCGUCGUUCGGUUGGAAUAUAUACCAGGUUAAGGUAAUUAAAUAUUAUAGGUAUUAUUUUGUUAUACCGUGAAAAUUUAUGGAUUUUAUAAGUCUUUUUACUUGCAAUAAUGUUCUGCAUAGUAUAUUUUUCGUAAGAGCCUCCCCCAGUGUUUGUUUCAUUCCAUGUACGGCAGCCGUGAUUCUGAACAAAAUCGGCAGCGAGAAAAGCACUGAAAGUUUUUUCGGCACUAAAUUCUAUUUUUUAUUUUUAAAUAGCGGAUGAAAUUGGCAGCCAUAGUUUUAACGAUAAGCGAAAUUGAAAGAAAACAACCAUUUUUCAUGGUGCAAAUAUGAUUUUUUUCUCUCGUUACUUUUCUUAGAAAUUGCGGAAUUGUUGCCUACGAAUUCUUGUAAAAGUGUUGCGAGCAUUUUAUAUUAUAUAUUUUUGUAGUUAAUUAACGAUCCGAAAAACUUCUAAGAUCAGUACGCGGUACUAAGUGAUUAGGACAAAUUGUAAAGCUUACAUUUUAAGCCUGUAUAAACGUUUAAAGCGAAUGUGUUUUUAAGUAUAUAAAAAAAGUAUAUAUGACAAAAAGGAAUAUUGAGUGAUGAGGAUUUAAGUUAGGUUUAAACAGCUAGACUAUGACAUAAAAAUAAAAAUUAUUAUCAACUCUAUGUAAUAUACAAUAAUACGUACAUAAUUAUACUAUGUGCCAUUUUUCAUA